CUCUCAAUAACUCACACAGUAUGCUGUAGUAGCUCUACAGUCUACGGUGAAGAAAACGAGGAGCUCAGUCUCAUUCUGAAAUCACGCAGGCAAAUUUCACAGCAACACGUAAAGACUUCGGCAUCUCGUUAAAUAAAGUCUCAUCAGAUUCUAAUCGCAGGACAAAAAACACGGAAUUUUAAAGGACCGUCGCGCACGUGAUUGAAGACACCGGCGGCGUACGUAUGGACGCUUUGUUACCUCAAUGCGUUUUGCAAAAAGGGAUGAAAAACGCCAACGCGUUGCCAUAAAAGUUCAGUAUUCCCAGGGUAGGGGCGCAGGCAUUCAUUGCCAGGGCUGAGGACCUGCCUCUUUAUCAGCCCAAUGAGCGCGGCAGAGGGGAGGCUCUUCCCACCAAACACCUCUCGUCCAUCUCUCCUCACUCCUCCACUCAGCGAGCGGGCUUGCCGGAGCUACCCGACACCCUGUCAACGCCAAGUCGCAAAACUGUACGGAUCCUAAUAGCACCCCACUGCGUCCGACAACCGAUUCUCUUUAUUUUUGUUCUUUCAUUUUUCUUGUCUAAAUUGGCUGAGAAUUUACUGAUAAAGAAAACAAAGUGCCAACUGUAUUCUGAAACAAGUCACGUCUUUUUUGCACUGUUUUCUUUGAAUGGAUCGGGCGUCCGGAUGAGAUACAAUCUUUUACACUGAUGAAACAACUAAUGGAUGUUGCAUCUGGCUGUGUGUCUCCCUUCUCUCUGUUCUGGAGAUACAUCAGAGUGCAUUCGUGAUCCUCCCCACAACAUGAACCCGAGCUGGGGGAUACUUAGAACAAAAGAGUAACCAUUCAGCUGUCUGUCAGCUGGUCAACCCCAGACUUUUGGAGGGGAAACAGAACAAAAAACAAAGACCGAAAUUACUGCAAAAAUGCGGAAAAGGCGAGAGGAGAUGCAGCGAGACCUUUGGACUCUCUUGCUAGUGUGGAUUACUUGUGUGCCCUACUCUUCCAUGUCUCCGUUGAACAAUCAGACACAAAGUUUACAAACCGCAUCAACCGUGAUCCUGCGAAACAGGCCAAGUGAAGGACAAAGAAUCCUGAAUCGUGCCAAGAGAGGAUGGGUUUGGAAUCAAAUGUUUGUAUUGGAGGAGUUCUCUGGACCCGAUCCAAUUCUGGUUGGCAGGCUCCAUACGGAUUUGGACGUGGGGAAUAAGAACAUCAAGUACGUGCUGGCAGGGGAGGGGGCGGGUACCAUCUUCGCCAUCAACGAAAAGACGGGAGACAUUCACGCAAUGAAGAGGCUGGAUCGGGAGGAAAAGGCAGAGUACACACUAACUGCACAGGUCAUCGAUAGAGACUCCAACCAGCCUAUGGAACCGCCCUCAGAGUUCAUCAUCAAAGUGCAAGACAUCAAUGACAACCCCCCACAGUUUAUUGAGGGGCCUUACAAAGGUUCAGUGCCAGAGAUGUCCCAAGUGGGUACAUCAGUCACAAGAGUAACUGCAACUGAUGCAGAUGAUCCAGUUUAUGGAAACAGUGCCAAACUGGUCUACAGCAUUCUGGAAGGCCAGCCUUAUUUUUCCAUUGACCAAAGCACUGCAAUUAUAAGGGUGGCUCUGGCGGGCAUGGAUCGUGAGAUGAGGGAAGAGUAUCUUGUUGUCAUUCAAGCAAAAGACAUGGGAGGUCAUAUGGGUGGGUUGUCAGGAACCACCACAGUGACCAUCACUCUUACUGAUAUCAACGAUAACCCACCAAAGUUCUCAAAAGGCUCUUAUGAGUUUAAUAUUCCUGAGGAUCUUGGCAUCGGGAAGCCUGGAGGAAGAGUGAAGGCGAAUGACAGAGACAUCGGGGACAAUGCUAAAUCAACUUACAGCAUUAUAGCUGGAGACGAGCGGGAUAUAUUUGAGAUUGUCACGGAUGCUCAGACUCAGGAGGGAAUCCUCAGACUCAAGAAGCCUCUCGACUUUGAGACCAAAAAAUUCUACAACCUAACAGUGGUGGCUUCCAACAUACGUGCCGAUUCGAUUACGGGCGGGCCCUACAUGGACCAGGCCACGGUGAAAGUCAUUGUUGAGGACGCAGAUGAACCCCCAGUGUUCACAAAGACCACAUAUAUCUUUGAUGUGCACGAAAACGCUGCAAUCAACACGGUUAUAGGAUCCAUAACUGCGAAGGACCAGGAUGCCACUCAUAGCCAAGUCAGGUAUUUCAUUGACAGACACACAGAUCUGGAGAGACAGUUUAACAUUAAUGUUGAUGAUGGGAAGAUCACAUUAGCCAAACCUCUGGACAGAGAGACUGAUAUGUGGCACAAUAUCACAGUGACAGCCACUGAAGUCAGAAACCACAGCCAGAUUUCCAGAGUCAUCGUGGCAAUCAAAGUGCUGGACAUAAAUGACAAUGCCCCUGAGUUCGCCACAGAGUAUGAAGCUUUUGUUUGUGAAAAUGGCAAACCUGGACAGGUGAUUCAAACCAUCAGUGCUGUGGACAAAGACAAUCCUUCCCAGGGACACACAUUCCACUACCGCCUGGAGAUGCUCAACAAUCCCAAUUUCACCAUCAAAAACAAUUUAGAUAACUCGAUCAGUGUUCUUGCCAAGCACGAUUCCUUUCGGCGACAGAAACAGGAGACGUACCUCCUCCCCAUCGUUGUGACUGACGAUGGAGAGCCACCAUUGAGCAGCACAAAUACUUUGACUAUCCGAGUAUGCGGCUGCAGUCACGAAGGGAUUGUGCAGUCUUGUAACGUUGAGGCCUUUGUUCUACCGAUCGGCCUCAGCAUGGGAGCCCUGAUUGCUAUUCUAGCUUGUAUAAUACUGUUACUGGUCAUCGUGGUCUUGUUUGUGACAUUGAGGAGACACAAGAACGAGCCGUUAAUCAUCAAAGACGAUGAGGAUGUGAGGGAAAACAUCAUCCGUUAUGAUGAUGAAGGAGGCGGAGAGGAAGACACGGAGGCCUUUGACAUCGCCACACUGCAGAACCCAGAUGGUAUCAACGGUUAUCUGCCCAGGAAGGACAUCAAGCCUGACCUUCAGUUCAUGCCCAGGCAGGGUCAGCACUCGGGUCCAAACGGAGUAGAUGUAGAUGAAUUCAUCAACGUACGGCUUCACGAGGCAGACAAUGACCCCACGGCUCCACCGUACGACUCCAUUCAGAUCUACGGCUACGAGGGCAGGGGCUCCAUUGCGGGCUCGCUGAGUUCCCUCGAAACGGCGUCUUCGGACUCCGAUCAGAACUAUGACUACCUUAGGGAGUGGGGGCCGCGCUUCAGAAGACUGGGGGAGCUCUAUUCUGUAGGUGAGAGCGACAAAGAGACUUGACCUCCGAUCACCACAGACCUUUUGCUUUCGUCCACAUAACUUGUGUAUUAUGCUACGGGGAUUACCAGAUGUUAGACACUGCUGUUUAAAGGGGGGGAGCGCCUUUUUUUAUUCAAAUUCUUAGAGAGACCUAAUAGCGUUAGUCAUCUACCACAUCCGAGUGCAUCGUAACGUCAGAACUUAACAGUGUCUAUAGUAGGAGGUCAAUGAAUCUUGUGGAGUGUGAGUUUAGAUUACCGUCAUUGAGUGUCUAGCAGUAUUUUGGGUAUUUGUUGUACACUGUGACAACCAGAGGCAUCAGAACCUUGAUUCUUGGUAGUCGCUUGAAACGGGAUGGACAUUGUGGACAUUUUGUAGCCAAGCAAGGCUGCACAUGGGAAAGGAGAACUGCAGAUGAAUGACGCCACUCCCCAGCGGAAAAAAAAUAUGAUCCCUUGCAGUCAUUCAGCCAAUCAGAUAAGGGAACAUUAAUAAAGAAGGUAAACUUAAUAGCAAUAUAUGGUCUACAUUACUAAUGAAUGUAUGUGUGAUUUAAUGAAAACAAGACUGGCUUUAGGAUCUGCCUGCUGACUUAACAUUUGACCCUUUGAUACUACGUGGCCGGAUUUAUUGAGUAAACGGGAAAAGCCCUGCGGCUCGCUUUAUACAACCCUUUGUAUUCACACGCUUUAAGUGUGGUUCACACUCAAAGAUUAUUAGACUGUGCGAGACUGAGUCGAGGACAAGAAGAGAAUUGUGAAAACAAUGAGGCCUUCGUUUUACAAAAGCAAGCAUUAAAUACUGUUGUAUUCAAAUGUUUUUUGGAACAUUGAUGGUGUUUCUUCAUUAAUGUAUGUUUUAUAUAAAUAUAUAAAUAUUCAUC